UAGCCAAGAACAUAGUUUCCAAAAUUGACCAGGAUUUCAAAUUUUUGAAAAAGUCCAAAAAGAGAGAAAAAUCGAACAAUUACAAUAUCCAUUGAGUAUGAUUUGGUGCUUGGUGUCGGCGGUGGAGUCACCUUAGCGUGACACCAAAAUCUGUUUUUGGCGCGCGUCCACUUCCUUUCACAUCUUCACUGUUCAUAACAAAACCCUUCAUCAUCAUCUUCUUCUUCUUCUUUCUUCUGAUUGUUGUGGAAUUGGCAUGAACGAUCACAACCCAUAAAAAAGACCCUUCAUUUCCGUCCCAUGAUCGACUUUCCACUUUCCUCAUGGUCACGGACUCCAUAGCCACUCCCCGUCGCGGCCUCCUAGUUGGAAAUUACUGCCACGACGUCCUUCACCGCGAUGGCCGCAUCUCCGCCGAGACCCUGGGCGGGGCCGCCUCCUUCAUCUCCGUCAUCCUCGACGCGCUCUCUCUCCCCUUCCACACCGUGUCAAAGGUGGGCCCGGAUUUUGCCUAUGCCGCUGCUACAUCCUCGCACCCACCAUUAACGAUGCCCACAUCGCGAACCACCCUCUUCCACGCCCAUUUCGGUUCGGGCAACCCGGACCGUCUCCUGAACCGCGUGAUUUCCUGCGACCCAAUCCGACCGGACGACCUCCCGGUCCAGACCCGGUUCGCGUUCGCCGUGGCGGAGUCGGGUCGGCGGGAGAUUCUCCCGGAGACUCUUGAGAAGAUGCUCGAGAUCUGCGACACCGUGUUCGUCGACAUUCAGGGUUUGAUUCGCAGGUUCGGUCCCUCCGACGGUCGCGUUAGCCACGUGACGCUCAACGAGAGCGGGUUCCUCCACCUCUUGCCUCGCGUUGCGUUUCUCAAGGCCUCCGCCGACGAGGCGUCGUUCAUCGACGUAGAGGAGGCGAGAAGGUGGUGCUGCGUGGUCGUCACGCACGGGAAGGAUGGGUGCGAGGUUUUUUCUGAAAACGGUGCGUUUCGGGCCGCGCCGUGCAAGGCUUAUCAGGUUGAUCCCACCGGCGCCGGCGAUUGUUUUCUCGGCGGCUUUGCUGCUGGGAUUGUGAGGGGCUUGAGCGUGCCUGAUGCGGCCCUGUUGGGGAACUUCUUUGGGUCGUUGGCCGUGGCGCAAGUGGGACCCCUUAAGCUUGACUCCAACAUGGUUCAGGUUGGAAAGAUGAAAGAAAAAGAAAGAGGGAGAAAGAAACAAAAAGAGAAAGAAGAGGGGAAGUGAGAACAAAACAGACAGGGAGGUUUAAGGGAGAUAUGAGAGAACUGAGGAGUCAAAGAAUAUGUGCACUGCACUUCUAUCAUUAACAUUCAAUCUGGAUUCAGCUAUCUAGAAUACAGCAACCCACCUUAUCUAUAGGCAGCUAUCAAACAACUAUGAAUUAACAGUACCUGGCUGACUAACUAACUAACUAAAACGAUUGUCCUGCUUAUAUAUUCACAUAUCAAUCAAUUCCCCUUCUUCAAGGAUGAUGCUUUCCCUCAAGGGUCUUGCAUUUCAAAUGUAGGGAAUUGGUGUUGAAACUCGGUAGAGGAACCCAUGUACUCUUUAUGAGGAAAAUCAUGCCACUGCAUCAAAAUUUUAGUUAGAAUUUAAGUGGGAAAGAUGAAAGAAACAUAAAGACAGGGAAUGAGGGGAAUAGGGAAGAAGAAAAUAGAGAGUUCAAAGAAACUGUGCAUUGCACUUGACUAUCAUUUCAAUUUGUCUAAACUCAGUCUAGAUGCAGUUGUCUAUAAUAUAACAACCUACCUUAUUUAUGGGCAAUAACCAUACAUCCACAAACUAACAAUAGCUGAUUAACCAACUAAAACCUUCGUCUUAUUAUAUUUACAUAUCAUGGUAGAUGCUUUUUUAAGAACAAAAUAGAUAGUUAGAUUUAUAUUUGAGGCCUGAUAAAACUUUAGGAGUGCUACGUGUUAUUUUUCUUUGUACACCUUGCUACUUAUGAUUUGUAUGGAAACUGGCUAUGCUUACCAGUGGAAUUUCCAUUGAAAACUGUUGUCAGUUUGUUUCAUGGCAAUCUAUAUAUAGUUGUCAAUGUUACUUCAACAUGCAGACUGUUAGUGGAAACUUGGGAUGUGCUAUCUGUUACUUAUUAUUGAAUGAUUCUGCUAGCUAUGCCAUGUCAGAAUUGCCUACUUAUCAGUGUUGUCUUUUGUUUUCCUUGGUAUUAUUCUACAAGGAAUGAAACAUUUUUUUCAUCAUGGGAAAUUUAUAAUUAGACAAAGGCUAUUUGAUUAUCAUCGUGUUUGGGUCCCUGUUACUCACUAACAUGCGUGCAUCCAUUCUAAAGCAUUAUAUGGUUGUUUCUAUGUCUUUCAAAUAAUAUGGGAUUCAAACGUAUAUAUGCAUAUUGUAUAAUUCUAAUGCACACGUAGAGCCAGAAAGGUAAGAUUAGAAAGAGGGCUAAGUCAUUUCUGGAUGAAUAGGUCAAGCUAAGCCCACUAGUGUGCACUAGUUCACUCUUGGAUGUGGGCAAAAAUCU